GCACGCCUGUAACGUCUCCAAUGCAAGCGAUCAAGAAAAAUGUAAAACAUUGUACGUGGUGGAUUCACUGUCAUUGCGACCAUUUUCCAACGUGGAUGCAAACGGUUGUGAAGAAAAUGGACUUGCCAGUCAACGUCUUGUGAAUAAUGUCUGGAGAGUAUCAAGCCAUUAAAUCUAUUCUGCCAUUGAAGCGGUCCUUCGAGUCCAUGAACGCGAGCAUCUGCAUCAACUGUUCUCCAGAGAUUGUUCCUGCCCUUACCAACAUAAUCUCAUCAUCGCCAUACAGCAAACUCCUCAUGCAGCAUCAGUAUACAGAGUUGACUCCUGAUGUGUGCGCAAUCAUCAACAAGGAUUGGGAUUUUUUUCCACAAAUCAAGUUUGCCACGGUCCAGAUAUUCGCAGGAGCUAUUCUAUACAACACAACAAAUAGAUAGGCAAUUAUGCUUAGUACUGUCGAAGCAUAUGGCCGCACGAAAUCGAUUGAUCCACACCGUGAACCAUUUGGCAAGCUCAAAGGAUUCACCAAGCUGACGUCACUGCCGUCACCAGGAAAGAUCCCUUACCCAGAUAUUUGGCCAGUCUCACUGCACACAUCGGAAGUCAGUAAAUUGGUCAUUGGAACAUUGGGGGUAAUUCAGAAA